AUGGGAAGAACCUCUUGUUUCCAGGAUGAGUAUACUUUCGAACAAAGGCUUGAAGAUUCGCGUGAUAUUAUCGCCAAAUUCCCAGAUAGAAUCCCCGUGAUUGUGGAAAGGUAUUCGAAAUGCGAUCUACCUGAUUUGGAGAAGAAAAAAAUUUGUUAUAUUUGUGAUAGAUAUCUUGUUCCAAGAGACCUUUCUGUUGGGCAUUUCAUUCAUAUUUUGAGUUCCAGACUCAGUUUACCUGCUGGAAAAGCUCUUUUUGUAUUUGUCAACAAUACUUUGCCUCAAACUGCUAGUGUGAUGGACUCUGUUUAUAGAUCGUUCAAGGAUGAGGAUGGGUUUCUUUACAUGUAUUAUAGCACUGAGAAAACCUUUGGAUAUUGCACAUAA